AUGGCUAUCACUCAUGAUGUGCCAUUGGUGCCAAAUGGCCACAGCAAAAGCUCGCUCAUGAGGGAGCCUUUGAAGCUGAAGGGUGUCCUUCAUAACUACAAAUCCUUCAAAUCCACUCCUAUAGUCGGAACCGAAUUCCCUGAUGCCAACCUGGUGGAAUGGAUGAAGGCUCCAAACAGCGAUGAGCUUCUCCGCGACUUGGCUAUUACCAUCUCUCGGCGAGGCGUCGUAUUCUUCCGCGCUCAAAACAACCUUACCGAUGAGCUUCAAAAGGAGUUGGCCCAGCGUCUGGGUGUGCUCACUGGCAAACCAGACACCUCAAAACUGCACAUUCACCCUCUGACCAACUACAACCUUGAUAAAGACCCGGAACUCAACGUUAUCACCACAGAUAAAGCCGCUAAUCCAGCAGAGGAUCUUUGGAAGAAUAGGCCCGCGGAUAUCAGAAAUAGUUGGCAUACAGAUACCAGCUAUGAGCCGAAUCCCGCCGACUACUCGAUCCUGAAGCUCGUCAAAAUGCCCGAAACCGGCGGAGACACAAUGUGGGCCUCUUCUUGUGAAAUCUAUGACAAGAUCUCCCCUGCAUACCGCAGUUUCCUCGAAGGUCUGACUGCCACUUUCGCCCAGACCAGAUUACCAAUCUCGGCCGCUGAGAAGGGAUAUGAGCUCUAUGCCGAGCCUCGCGGGUCCCCCAAUAACGUUGGAACCUCUCUCAGCGCUGUCCACCCGGUCGUUCGCACCAACCCAGUCACCGGAUGGAAGAGUCUUUUUGCAGUUGGCAAUCACGUUGUAAAGAUAAACGACGUGACCUCUGAUGAAAGCAGGCGGCUGCACGAUUGGUUCCUGCAGAUGAUCGUCGAGGAACAUGAUACUCAGCUGAGACAUCGAUGGGAGAAUCCUUAUGAUCUCGCAAUUUGGGAUAACCGCACGGUUUACCACACUGCCAUAUUCGAUUUCGCUGGAUUGGGCGCUCGUACAGGUCACCGUGCGGUUGGAAUCGGCGAGACGCCCUACUUCGACCCGAACAGCAAGACCCGUCGUGAGGCACUUGCCGAGGAAUGA